GGGGGUUUCCUUGUCUUUGACUGGAGACCGACCAGCAGAGAGGCGGACGAUAACAGCAUCCUUUGCUGUUAUUCAGCCAUCACACAUCUCGAUGAACUGCUCGCAGAGAAACCGCUGAUCGUGCCUCCUGCUUUUUGCAGGGCAGAGAUACCGAUCAGUGUCUCAAAGACUGCAUCUCUUUUUCUUAUGAAAUUAUUUUUUCAUAGACUUUUUUUUAUUUCAAGGUCUCUGCAUCUCUUUCCACCAUGGUGCUAGGAAAGAUGAAGAGCUUCACAGUGAGCUACAACUGUCUCAAUGACAGCAACGUCCCCGUGUUCUCCAGCGGGGACUGCGUCUCAGGGAGGGUGGUCAUCGAAGUCACCGGAGAAAUCCGCGUGAAAUCUCUGAAAAUCCACGCAAAGGGAUUUGCGAAAGUUCGUUGGACUGAAUCUAGAAAUGCUGGAUCCAACACUGCCUACACGCAAAACUACACAGAAGAAGUGGAAUAUCUAAAUCACAAAGAUAUCUUAAUUGGGCACGAGAGAGACGAUGACAACUCUGAGGAAGGACUCACCACUAUCCAUUCAGGAAGAUAUGAGUAUGCAUUCAGCCUCGAGCUUCCACAGACACCUCUGGCUACCUCUUUCGAAGGAAAGCAUGGCAGUGUGCGCUACUGGGUAAAGGCCGAACUCCACAGGCCGUGGCUCCUGCCCAUGAAGACCAAGAAGGAAUUCACAGUCUUUGAGCACAUUGACAUCAACACUCCAUUAUUGCUGUCACCACAGGCCGGCACGAAAGACAAGACUCUCUGCUGCUGGUUCUGCACCUCAGGUCCUAUUUCCCUAAGUGCCAAAAUAGAAAGGAAGGGAUACACCCCAGGAGAGUCGAUCCAGAUCUUCGCCGAGAUCGAGAACUGCUCGUCCCGCAUGGUGGUGCCGAAGGCGGCCAUCUACCAGACCCAGACCUUCUACGCCAAAGGGAAGAUGAAGGAGGUCAAACAGCUGGUGGCCAACCUGCGGGGCGAGUCUCUGUCCUCUGGCAAAACUGAGACGUGGAACGGGAAGAUGCUGAAGAUCCCACCCGUCUCGCCCUCCAUCCUGGACUGCAGCAUUAUCAGAGUGGAGUACUCCCUGAUGGUUUACGUGGACAUACCCGGGGCGAUCAACCUGUCCCUGAACCUGCCCCUGGUCAUCGGGACAAUCCCUCUCCACCCCUUUGGCUCCCGCACCUCCAGUGUCAGCAGCCAGUGCAGCAUGAGCUGGCUGGGCAUGGGUCUGCCCGAGAGGCCUGAAGCUCCUCCAAGCUAUGCAGAAAUUGCGACGGAAGAGCAGAGGCAGAGCAGUCUGGAUGUCCCCGCAGCCCGCGAGGAGCUGGACGGGCCUCUCUUCGCCUACAUUCACGAGUUCCGCUUCCAGCCUCCUCCUCUGUACUCUGAGAUCGAUCCUAACCCGGAUCACGCGGGCCGUACGGAGCAGCGCCGGCUUGACGCCUGUCCGUCACGCUGAAGGGUUUUCCUGAAAGUCCCCAGACCGACUCUGGGAUCUCUAAAGAAAACUGCUUGCAAGGCUCAGCUUUGUUUAUUCUUCUCCAACAACAAGGUUCACACAAUGCUGUUGACAUCAAGAGAAAUACAAAGUAUCCGACCAACCAACAACGACUUGGACAAAUACCUACAGUUGCGUUGGGUUGGACUAAUCUGUUCCUGCCUUCCCUCAGCGAGAGAAACGGGAUCCACUAGUUUGGGGCUUCGCUUCCCUUCCUGUGUCAGCCUGCUGAGGGUGGGAGGCACACAGAUGAACACAUACUCAGUCUGUAUGACCCCCCCCCCCCUCCCUCCCUCCCCCCCGCUGGUAGCGAGAGCCCUGGUGAUAGUGAUUGACAAUGAAGAAUCAGUAAGGCUUGGCCUCCCGAGCUUCUCUUUAACUCUUGAUUCUUCUGUACUCGUGGCACAUACGGACGCGGCUCCUCACACGGGAGGACCGAUCGCGUCCCGGCUUCAGCAGAAUCGGCUCGAGAAACCUCGACAAAAAGAGAAAACUAAUGUUCUAAGCACCACAGUCUGUACGAACGAAAGCGUUCGGCAGUCGGCGACAGAGCAAAGACGAGGUCCUCCUGCCUCGUUUCUGAUUUUUUAGUUUUGCACACUUUAUUCUUUACUUGAUAUGUGUUGCUCUUUUGAAUGAGAAAUGAAGAAGAAAAAAAAAUAGGAUGCGCCAGACUACGAAUAUGAGACUGCAGGCUUAACUUUCAAGACUUUCAACUGCAUAAGUUUGAGCAACGCUGAGAACAGGAUUUGAUUUUGGGGAAAAAAAAGAUUGACAAGGACAAGAACACUGCACUGAAUUUGGAAAAGCUUUUUUUCUUUUUCUCCUCGUGACAUUUCCUCAGUGACUUAAAAUAACUAUACUGGACUUCUGCAGCACACUAUCUCCAUCUUAAAGCUCUUAAGAUGUGGCCUCCUCAGCUUUAGUUCUGUUGUUCUGUUUUGUAUUUAGAUCCAAUUAUAGAAUAGCCUUUAACCUUUUCUUGUUUUCAGGUUGCUCUGGAUUUGGACUAGGAGGGUUGCAGACCUUCAUUUGCCGCUCAAAUUGUAGCUAAUGAGCAAAGCGUGUGUGUCUGUGCGUGUGCGUGUGCGUGGAACAGAGAGGGUGAUACAUUAUGGAGGGACUCGCCCCACCCUUGUUACCUGCAGCCCCUCUACUCCCAAUCUCAGGGCAAGCCAGGCUUGCAAAACUGCCCAAAAAGCACUGUCUCAGGUGGUCGUCUCACUUGCCAAACAGUCAGGGGGGGGGGAAAAGAUCAUUUUAGUUUUAAAUUGCACUGGGUUUUUUUAGUACCGAAACAAGAGAAUAGACCUGAAGCAAGGCAGCUUUCUGAGAUUAACCACAUUCCCGUUUUGUCCUACUGCACUUGCCCAGUUCAUCCAACCAACAGUUAGAUUUGACCAGACCAGUGAAACCAGAACGCUAAAAAAAGAUGGAAAAAGAGGAGUGCUCCUGCAAUAAAGGAGCCAACCCAGCACAAAUGAAAAGCUGGGGAUGUUGCUAAACCUCUGUGCAGACUGCUCAGAACAAGUAGUAGUAGGUUGACAUGAGUAAUACAUUGGUUUUCUAACUCAUUCAACACAAUAGGCCAGCUGUAACAGAGGUUUGACAUCGUCAAGAGGAGGGAAAAAAGAAAAGCAGCACUUUUUUUAAUAAGAAAAUGAUCAUUCAGAAAAAGCGUUUGAUGGAGACGGACUGGCGAAAAACAUUUGGUACGAACGAUGUUAUUCUAGCAGUGUUGUGUAGGACAUUGACGCAUUAUUUUACUUUUUAAGAUUAGUGACUUCUUUUCUAAAGUUUACAUUUUUAAACGUAGCUGACACAAGUGUGUGUUUGUGCACGCUCUAAUUGAGAUCCAGCUGGCGACUAAAUAUACUGCUUCUGACAGAAAUCAACAGAUUAUUAAGGUGAUCUUAUCUUAGUGGCCUUGACACAGAAAAGACCUGAUCAUGAGUCUUCAUUUUUCAGUGUCUAUGUUAACUCUUGUUCUCUUUUGAUUAUGUUUGUCUGUAUGUGUUAGACCUUUCCAUGUUUAUUCAAAAGGACAAAAAGGGAAGAGGAAAAGAAGUCCUUUUUUUUUUAAAGAAGUAAAUGUUUAAGAAAAUGACAUCCUGGAUAAGCGUCUCAAUUGGGCUCUUUUCUGAAGCUGAUGAGGGUUGACUAUUUUUAUUUUUCUCUCCAUGUUCUGGGCAUUAUACAGUUUGCUUCCUAGUUUAACAGCAACCUCCCUGACCGGUCUGAUCCCCUUCAGGCCUGGGGAGGGGGGCAGCUGUUGAUCAGCACCCUUCCCCCCCUCUAAAACACUUGGGUAACACGGGGUAGCAGACAUGCCGCUUCGUCCUCUAUCCUAAUAUAUUUUUUGCAGUUCUUUGUUUGGAUUUUAUUUUUGGGAAAUUGAAUCAAGCUACUCAAUAAGCUGACAUAUUUGUUUCAGGUUGGUCAAUUCCAUAGUCCAUUUGCUCGGGCCGCAGCAGUCCAGUGUCAAAACUAAGCUAAACUCCUGACUUAAUAAAGGCAGGAACUGAAAUGUUCAGAUAAAGAACCUGGGAAAUGGGAUCUGAGACAUUUUAGAAACAAAGUGCAAUAUCACUCACUGAAUUUUCUUUAUUCUCCAUUUGUAUGUUUUGUUUUUAUGCUUUUUAUUUUAUUUUUUGUCUGUCAAUCAUCAAAAUGUAUAGAUAUUCUAUGAAUAUACUAUGUUCUGAAUGGUUUAACCUUAUGUCUAGUUCUUCCUUUUGAUUUGAAUAAACAUUUUGUUCAAAAAUUACAA